AUGUCCGGCUUCAUGAAAAAAUUCAAGAAGAAGCGGAGGCUUUCAACGGAGCUGCAUGACCGCUGGGGUGAUCCUGCGAUCAGUUACCCCAACGAGGGGUCUUGGAACCAGUGGAACCAAACGUCAGGAUUUGUGGCCAAUGCCUCCAUGCCUAUAGAGGCCCCUUGUCGCCUCCAGCCGGACGAUUCACGAAAUUAUGGACGACCCUCUGUUCCACCUCUACAACACCAAGGCUGGAACAACUUCAAUCCUCACAUCCACGCUCACACCCCACCGGACUCGAAACACGAUGGCUCGAACUUCCCCAGUGGAUACUUUGAUGCAAGUAUCCGUCGUCGCCCUGAGAAGGCCCUAAGAGCCCAAUAUCAGGGCCUGGGGAUAGAUGGCCCUCGACACGACAUACAAGAAGACAUCAGGGAUGAGGAAAACGACAGCAUUUGCGAUGAAUCCUGUGACGAAGAAGACGAGGAGCGCGAUACUAUGGGAGACCCUCGAGAGCUGAUGUAUCGUGGCCACGCGACUGGAGACAUUCCACGUGUGGGCCGGGAUGAAUGCGGCUCUUACGAUCGCGCAGCAAAAUCUCCGGCGCUGUCUAUUACAUCUCGUAUGCGUCGAGUCAGCACCCAAAGCUCAGCAACUCAAGCAUCUUCUGUUGCUGGUAGUUCUAGAAGGACUAGUUACACCGCGGCUUCUUCUGUCUCUGCACCUUCUCUUCCGGAUACUCCCCGAUUUGCGUCCCAUGCCAUGCAUUCUGCACAUGCAGAGAAGCGACCGCCGGUCCCUCGUCCCAAGACCCGAGAUCCUGAGCCAACUCCAACUCAACAUGAGAUGGUACCAUCUUAUGAUGAGCUAUAUGGUUGA